ACUGAGUUAGGUUACACAUGGGCAGCUAACCGCCUGCUUCACAUCCGAUGGUAGGAAGACCGUAGGAAGGCCGAAAACACCGGGAUUUAAACUACUGAAACUCUUAUCGUGAUCAUGUUGAAAUCUAAAACCUUCGUGAAGAAGACGCGGUCGGGUGGAGUGAUGAAGAUCGUGCGUGAGCAUUAUCUGAGAGAUGACAUCUGGUGCGGGAGCGAAGCCUGCAGCGGAUGCAAACAGGAGUCCACGGUGCUGCAGACAGACGCGUGCAUGGAGAGCAGCCUCUGCUCGUAUCCUCACUACCUGGUCCCGGACACGAACGUGGUGCUGCAUCAGAUUGACGUGUUGGAGGAUCCUGUCAUCCGUAAUGUGAUCAUCCUCCAGACUGUGCUGCAGGAGGUGCGUCACCGCAGUGCACCGGUCUACAAACGCCUGAAGGACGUCCUACAUGAGAAAGAGAAACACUUCUACACCUUCACUAAUGAACACCACAGAGAGACAUUUAUUGAUCGUGAGCCGGGGGAGAGCGCCAAUGACCGCAACGACCGUGCAAUCCGUGUGGCCGCCAAGUGGUACAGCCAGCACCUGAAGAAGUUUGAGUGUGACAAAGAUGGGCUCAAGGUGGUCCUCCUCACCAAUGACCAGGGCAACAAGCAGAAGGCAGAGGAGAGCGGCCUGCUAGUGUACAAAUGUGAAGAGUACAUCAAGAGUCUGAUAGCAAACCCUGAGCUCGUGGACCGUCUGGCUUUGUCCAAUGAUGACAAGAAUGAAAUAGGUAGCAGUAAGGUGUUAUUCCCCGAGCACCUCCCUCUGUCCAGGAUCCAAGCAGGAAUUAAGUGCGGCUCCUUCCUCCAGGGCACCUUCAGAGCCAGCAGGGACAACUAUCUGGAAGCCACGGUCUUCGUCCAGGGAGAGGGGGACGACAGCACAGAGGUUCUGCUUCAGGGUCUUCAGAACCUCAACAGAGCAGUGCACCAAGACGUGGUUGCCGUGCAGCUGCUCCCACGGAGUCAGUGGGUGGCGCCGUCCUCUGUCGUGCUGCAGGAUGAAGGUGCAGCGAAGGAUGAUGAUGUUGAAGAAGAGGAGGAGGAGAAAGCUCUGAGGAUAUCGGCAGCUGAAGCAGCCAGGAAACCCACAGGGAAAGUAGUGGGAAUCAUCAAAAGGAACUGGAGGCCGUUCUGUGGCAUGCUCAAUGUCUCCCAAAUCAAAGAGUCCACCCGCCACCUGUUCACCCCAGCAGACCGCCGUGUCCCACGGAUUCGCAUUGAGACCCGUCAGGCGUCCACACUGGCGGGCCACAGGAUCAUGGUGGCCAUCGACGGCUGGCCCAAAGACUCCAGAUAUCCUAAUGGUCACUUUGUGCGCAGCCUGGGCAGUGCAGGGGAGAAGGACACGGAGCAGGAGGUGCUGCUCCUGGAGCACGACGUCCCCCACCAGGCCUUCUCUCAGGCCGUGCUCAGUUUCCUCCCCAAGAUGCCGUGGGCCAUCACACCAGAGGACAUGGUGAGGAGAGAGGACCUGAGGCAUCUGAGCGUGUGCAGUGUGGAUCCUCCAGGAUGUACAGAUAUAGACGAUGCUCUGCAUUGCAGAGAGCUGGAGAAUGGAAACCUUGAGGUCGGGGUCCAUAUCGCUGAUGUGAGUCACUUCAUCAGACCUAGCAACGCUCUGGACAAAGAGGCUGCCAGCCGUGGCACAACGGUCUACCUGUGUGGCAAGAGGAUAGACAUGGUUCCAGAGCUGCUCAGCUCCAAUCUUUGUUCACUGCGCUCCAAUGUGGAGAGGUUCGCUUUUUCGUGUAUCUGGGAGAUGAACCACAAGGCUGAAGUUCUAAAGACACGGUUCACUAAAAGUGCCAUUAACUCCAAGGCAUCUCUGACCUAUGCUGAGGCCCAGAUGAGAAUCGAUGACACCAAUAUGAAUGAUGAAAUCACCAAGAGCCUGCGUGGUCUCAACAAACUAGCCAAAACCCUCAAGAGGCAGAGGAUAGAUAAAGGGGCCUUGACGCUGUCGUCCUUAGAGGUCCGUUUCCACAUGGACAGUGAAACCCACGACCCCAUCGACCUCCAGACCAAAGAACUCAUGGAGACAAACUCCAUGGUGGAGGAGUUCAUGUUGUUGGCCAAUAUUUCAGUUGCCCAGAAGAUUUAUGAUGAAUUUUCCGAGUGCGCUCUGCUGAGGAAACAUCCAGCACCGCCUCCAUCCAACUACGACAUCCUGCUCAAGGCUGCAAAGUCCAAGGACGUAGAGAUCCACACAGAUUCAGCCAAGGCUCUCGCCGACUCUCUUGACGGGGCCAAGGUGGACGGAUUCCCGUACUUCAACACGCUCCUGCGCAUCUUGGCCACGCGCUGCAUGAUGCAGGCGGUCUAUUUUUGUUCUGGCAUGGACAGUGACUUCCACCACUACGGCCUCGCCUCACCCAUCUAUACACAUUUCACAUCACCCAUCAGGAGGUACGCUGAUAUAAUAGUACACCGUCUGCUGGCAGUGGCCAUCGGCGCAGACAGCACCUACCCAGAUUUGAUGGACAAACACAAGCAGUCGGCUCUUUGCAACAACCUCAACUACAGACACAAGAUGUCUCAGUAUGCACAGAGGGCGUCUGUGGCCUUCCACACACAGUUAUUCUUCAAGAGCCGAGGCAUCCUGAAUGAAGAGGGAUACGUUCUGUUUGUGAGGAAGAACGCCAUCAUUGUACUUAUCCCAAAGUUUGGACUGGAAGGAACCGUCUUCUUCGACACCAAAGGCAAAACCGUCCCAAACCUUGUUUUUGAUGAAGAGGGCCCCACUCUGAGUGUAGAGCAGCACAUCUUCUGCAUAUUUGACAAGGUGAAGGUCACAAUCACGCUGGACGACUCCAACGUUCAGCACCAGAAGAUCCGCAUGUCUCUGAUUGAGCCAGUGAUCACUGGUGUGAGUGUUCCAGCCCCUGAUGCUGAGCCGCAGGCCAAGAAACUGAAACUGGACAACUGACCCAGAAAAACCAGGUCAUCUUCCAGAUCAAGAAAUCAUAAAUCAUUUAUAUCAGUUUAUAAAAGAGUUUUUGAUGCAUUGUCACAAAUAAACUUUGAGCAAGUAUGUCCACUUUAAAUACACCUACCACAGUGAAACAAUGUUUUUUUACUUGUGAUUUUAAACAUUGUUGAUACAUAGACAGGUGAAAAUCAUAUAUCAUAUAACUUAACGUCAAAUAACAGUGAAGAAGGCAAAUUAAAUCAUUAAAGACCUUUUUUUGUAUCUA